AUGGCGUUUGGCGACAUCAGGUUUACGUGGAGCCAAAGAAAACGUCUUCAUCGGUGCUUGAUCCUCACCAUCGCGAUGAACGGUUUCAUCGGUUCCGCUCUGUUCUGCCUGGGGAUGUUUACGUCGUUUGCGUUGGCUGGGAAAUUAAGACUCGAGGAGAGGAACCUGUUCGAGAUGACGUUCAGAACACUCACGCUGUACGGCCUCUACGUUCUCGUUCACAAUCUGCUGGGCGCGAGGCUGUGCUACAAUUACUUUCAUUACGCCGAAGGACGCUGGACGAAUUUCAGAUUGUUCUUGUGGACGAUUGUGGGACUGUUCGUGGUAUGCGUGGGAUGCUUCAUGGCCAGCAUUUGCGCUUCGACUGCGGAGCAUCUGGCGCUCGAAAUUCGGGAGUCACUUCGUGAAGGCAUGAAAAGAUACUACACCGACGUGACGUGGAAACGGCGGAUAGACAACAUGCAAGUUCGCAUGCGUUGCUGCGGGAUAGAUUCCUCCGACGAUUGGCACAAGACUUACUGGCUGAAACGGGACCUUCUUGUGCUGGAUUCCCCGGAUAUCUUGAAGUACGCCGAGUUGGACGGUCGCGUGACGCCGCCAGUGGUGCCGUGGAGUUGCUGUCGAACCGACGCAAAGGGCCCCUGCUAUCACGAUCCACUUCAGCUGCCAAAUCCUGAACAGAAUUCCACUUACGAAACCCUGAACGCUCGGGGCUGUCUCGUCGUCAUGAAGACCACACUGAACGGAACACUCUACUCCGCCGCAGUGCUGGCCGUAUUUCUGUUUGUGUUACAGGUCGGCGUGACCGUGCUGUCGAGGCUCGACUUCACUGCCGCGAGAAAUGCAGUCGCGCUCGGGAAUCGGUGGCGGGGAUCCCCCGGCUGGCUCUACGGCCGUCUAGAUUUUGGGAACUCCAGCGGACCUAAUCUAUGCCAGAUCGAUCGAAAGUACAGCGGACGGGGCGAUUCGAUGAUCGACCUGAGGCCACUUGUUUAUUCCAGCGACACAGAUUGA